UGCUCUCCAACCUGAGAAGCGGAGCCGGGGCGGUUUGUUCAUCUCCAGUGCUGACCCAGCUGCUGCUCAGCAACAGGAGAUCAAGGAUGACUCCCUGGAGCUACUGAGGAAAAUAGUGAACAUGGAAAAUCCUGUGAUGAAAUACACGGAACUGGAAUAUAUUGGCAGAGGGACUUUUGGAGAUGUUUGCAGAGCACUUGACAAUGCCACAGGAGGGCAGGUGGCCAUAAAGAAAAUAAAUCUCCAAGGACCGAGGAAGAAGGAACUAAAAGUCAAUGAAUUCAUGCUCAUGAAGACAAAUAAGAAUCCCAACUUGGUCAACUAUUUAGACAGCUACCUUGUGGAUGGGCAGCUCUGGCUGGUCAUGGAGUACAUGGACGGAGGCACUCUGAGCAAUGUCAUCAGCGAGACCCACCUGUCUGAAGACGAGAUGGCAGCCAUCAGUCGGGAGGUCAGCAAUCCCACCUGUGCUGCCCAGGGCUUGGGCAGGAUUGUCUGGGAAACAGGGCUCCGACCUGGAGUGAUUUCAUGUGCCAAGCUUUGUUUCUGUGUUGCUGGUAUGCUAUGCUGA